CGAUCGCCGCUCGCCUUUGCUGACCCUGCUUGCCAUCUGCACCUCAAGUUCAGACCAUCCUUAUCUUACUUGCAAGUCCCCUUCCUCCUCCUUCUGAGGAAUCCUCUGCAGAUAUGGCGGACUUUGGCCCUCGUGCUCCUCACGGCCCCGACAUGAACGGCAAGCAGGAUUUUGCCGAGAUGCACCCCAAUGAAAAGGAGGGCUUCGAUCGCCUCCUCCGUCCCGACGACAGCUACACGGCAGAGGGUGUCUACUGGGCCGAUCUGCCCAUUGGGCAGCGUGUCAAGUUCGUCACCUCGGUCGACAACAAGGAACGUAGCCGUCAAUGGUCGGCUCUCUGGGCCGAGAUCAAGCAGGACCCCCUCUCUCCAAUGAUGAACUACUUCCGCAACACCAUCAUUCCCGGUGCUGGUAUUGGUCUGGAAGGUUACGUCCUCCUGUCCAUCGGAAACAUCUCCACCCUCUUCCAGCACUCCUUCUCAGCUUGCUGGGACAAGUACGAAAUCUGUAACAAGCAGUGGAUCAACGCCAUUACCUACCUCGAAAUCGUCGGUAUCAUUAUCGGUCAGGUCCUCGUUGGUGUCAUUGGUGACUGGAUAGGCCGUCGUUGGGGUUUGCUGCAGGAUGCCUGGAUCAUGUUCUUGGGUCUGGUCAUGUUGACCUGCGCCUGGGGUGUCACACAAAACGGUUGGGUCAUCUGCUAUGCUUGGUCGCUUUUCAUCUACGGUAUCGGUGUUGGUGGUGAGUACCCUAUGACUGCCACCAGCGGUAUGGAGAACGCUGUUGGUUCCGGCAAGCUCUCUACUCGCGAGGAUCGUCUUCACCGUGGUUCCAAGGUUGUUGGUGUCUUCUCCAUGCAGGGUUGGGGACAGGUCCUUAACCAGGCCAUCCUCAUGAUCUUGCUUCUUAUCUUCAACGCUGGUAGCGGAGAGGAGCCCAUCAGCGAGACCAACACCCAAUGGACCUACCGUAUCUCCUUCGUCAUCCCUAUGGUUGGUACUUUCUGGCUGAUCUACUACCGUGCCUACCACAUGAAGGCCGCCAGUAAGCAGCUGGCAGCCACCAAGAAGAAGAACUCGGUCACUGGUUACGACACCGAGUCUCUCCGCCUCACUUUCAAGUACUUUACUCCUCGUGUUAUGGCCACUGCUGGUGGAUGGUUCGCCAACGACGUUUUCUUCUACGGUGCCAAGCUCUUCUCCGGUGACUUUAUCAAGGUCAUCAGCCCCAACACCAAGUCCAUCUUCGUUACGUGGCAGUGGAGUUUCAUCAACUGUGUUGUCACCCUGAUGGGCUAUUAUGCUGCCAUCAUGUUCGUGGACAACAAGCUCUACGGCCGCAAGUGGAUGCAAAUCAUGGGCUUCUUGCUCUGCUUCAUCGUGUAUGUGGUGCCUGCCUUCCACUACCACUACUACACUGAAGCCGCCAAUAUCCACUCCUUCCAGGCCAUGUACUUCCUGGGCAGUUUCUUCAACCAAUUCGGUCCCAACUGCAUCACCUUCCUCGUCGCUGGUGAAGUCUUCCCCACCCCCAUCCGUGCCACCGCCCACGGUAUCUCCGCCGCCUGCGGUAAGCUGGGAGCCCUGUUGGCUGCUAUCCUCUUCAACUACAUCGACACUCAGACCAAGUUCUAUUUUGUGCCCUGGUGGGGUAUCUUCGGCAUGUUCCUGACCUUCUUCUUCCUGCCGGAUACCACCGGUCUGGAUCUCAAGGAGCAGGAGCGCCGCUGGAGAUUCAUCCGUGAGGGUCGUGAGCACGAGUAUCACGGUGUUGCUAUCCACCCUAAGCACCUGUCCUUGUGGGAGCGCUUCCGUGGCGUCGGCAAGUACUACGACCCCGAGCUGGACUACCAGCAGCGCGUUGAGGAGUACCGCACUGAGUGGGAGGCCAUCAUGGCUCGCCGCAGCGAAGAGACCAAGACCGGCGACGAUGUCGAUUUGGCCUUCGUCGAGGAUGACCUCUUGGAGGGUUCCGUCCACAAUUACUUCCACCGCACCAGCUCGUUCACCAAGAGCCAGAGCGUGGAGAAGGUCACUGAGGCUGAGCCCUCGGAGUAAAAAAGUCACCGCUGCAUCUAAUUUUGCACCAUGCUCUCAUCGGCAUGGAAUGGAUAUACCCCACACAUACCCCCUCAUAUAUACCCGUCGCUCGUCCGACUUCACAGUACCUGCUGGAUAGAGAUCUCUUCUGGCUUAUUUUAUACUUCCUAAUUUCCUGUUUAUAUACAUUCGAUGUCUAAAUGGUUGGACGAGGAGCUGAGACAUGUUUUUACUGUACCUAAUUCAAUACAACUCGGCUCCAUACCUGUUGUAACUAAAAUGUCUAUAGUCAUGUUUAAAUCCAUUGUUCAUGCC